AUGCCGCCCUGGCUGCUCGGCAGCCUCUGCUGCGUGCUGGCUGCACGGGCGGCGCUGGGCGGCGGCCCCGCGGGCGCGGAGGCGGCGGCGGCCGAGGAGGAGGAGAAGCUGAUCCGGGUGCUGGUGCUGUUGCCGCAGGACGACGCCUACCUCUUCUCGCUGGGGCGGGUGCGGCCGGCCAUCGAGUACGCGGUGCGGAGUCUGCGGGAGAGCGGCGCCGGCCUGCCGCCCGGCUACGCCUUCCAGCUCACCUACGAGGACUCGGCGUGCGGCAACCGCGCCCUCUUCAGCCUGGUGGACAUGGUGGCCCUGCAGCGCCGCCGGCCCGACCUGCUGCUGGGGCCCGUCUGCGAGUACGCGGCGGCGCCGGUGGCGCGGCUGGCGGCGCACUGGGACGUGCCCAUGCUAUCGGCGGGGGCGCUGGCCGCCGGCUUCGGGGCCAAGGGCGGCGAGUACUCUCACCUCACCCGCGUGGCCCCUGCCUACGCCAAGAUGGGCGAGAUGCUGCUGGCCCUGUUCCGCCACCAUCAGUGGAGCCGUGCCACGCUGCUCUACAGCGACAGCAACCCCGAGCGCAGCUGCUACUUCGCCAUGGAAGGCGUCCAUGUGGUCUUCCAGGACGAGGCCUUCCACAUGGCCGUGCACAGCUUCGACGAGACCAGCCGCCACCUCGACAUCGAUGAUGUCGUUCGCUCCCUUCAGACUGGCGAGAGGGUUGUAAUUAUGUGUGCCAGCGGUGACACAAUCAGGAACAUCAUGUUGGCUGCUCAUCGGCAAGGAAUGACCAAUGGGGACUAUGCUUUCUUCAAUAUUGAACUCUUCAACAGCUCAUCAUAUGGAAAUGGCUCUUGGAGGAGAGGAGACAAGCAUGACCUUGAAGCAAAGAAGGCAUACUCAUACCUCCAAACAAUCACUCUGCUGAGGACUGUGAAGCCUGAGUUUGAGAAAUUUUCCCUAGAAGUGAAAAGUUCUGUUCAGAAGCAAGGUCUGCACGAGGAUGACUAUGUGAACAUGUUUGUGGAAGGAUUCCACGAUGCUAUUCUUCUUUAUGCUCUGGCUUUACAGGAAGUCCUGAAGUUUGGUUUCAGUAAGAAAGACGGGGAAAAAAUUGUUCAGCAAACACGUAAUAGGACAUAUGAAGGCAUUGCAGGGCAGGUGUCCAUUGAUGCCAAUGGGGACAGAUACGGGGAUUUCUCAGUGAUUGCAAUGACGGACCCAGAGGCUGGCACACAGGAGGUGAUCGGAGACUACUAUGGAAAGCAGGGGCGUUUUGAAAUUCGAUCAAAUGUGAAAUACCCUUGGAAUCAUGGCAGGCUGAGAAUAGAUGAAAGCCGAGUUUCGGAGCACACAAACAAUACACCUUGUAAAUCAUCAGGUGGUCUAGGAGAAUCAGCAGUUACAGGAAUAGUCGUGGGUGCCUUACUUGGAGCAGGAUUGCUAAUGGCUUUUUACUUUUUCAGAAAGAAGUACAGAAUAACUAUUGAGAGACGAACUCAACAGGAGGACUGUAACAUGGGGAAACAUCGGCAGUUACGCGAAGACUCCAUUAGAUCUCAUUUUUCUGCUGCAUAAAGAAGAAGAAAAAUAAUCCCAUUCUUCCUGGGGGGAAAAAAAAAAAAAGAUUAGGGGAAUGGGCACAACCAAAGACAUCAGUGUAAGAGGCUCUUGAAGAACUCACUCUUUUAAGCAGUAAUUCAGUAAUUUUGUCUUAAUUUUUUUCAGAAGCUCAGGAAUGAUUAACUAAUCACAUUAUGCCGCAUGGUCUUUCAUCUCAUGAACAAAAAUGAUGCAGCUUGAUGUUAUAGGAUGUACUUAAUAUGUAAAGACAAUAUUUCUUAAGACAUGUAUUAAGAACAGCGGAUUUGUUUUAAUUGAUGAGGAUGCUGCAUUCUCUUUUCCCGUUUUUUAGCUCCUUCCACCCCCUUCCUUAGUUGCACUUCACUUUUGGGUAUCAAAUACAGAUUCACAGACACAAAUGCUGGUUUGCUGUCAAAAUGAAAAAGUUGGUUAAUGUGGGGUAUGAUCCUGCAUCACUGAUUUGUUGUGCCUGACUGCAGGAAAUGCAGGAUUACACACAUGGAGUUCAAUCCUGAGAGGGAGCUGGUGCUUUGGAUGAUAUGAACUCUGCUGACAAUCAGGAAGGUGGAAACACACAUGAAUCAUUCUUCCCUUUUUUGUGUAGUAUCAAGAAAAGUACUGAUUCUCCCUCUUACGUACUGGGAGCUUAAAAAAACUCCAGUGAGCGAUGUGGAGUUUCACUGGCAUGAAAGAGUGAAAAAGAAGAGGUCUCCAGAGCAGAUGGGCUAAUUCUGCAAUCUUAUUUGUGUUUUUAUUGUGCUCUUUUCUCUCUACUGCCAUGACCUUUCAGAGAGGCACAGUCCGUGUGGGACCUGUUCCUGUUCCCAAUGAAGUCAGUGGCAAAAUCCCAUUAAUUUCAGUGAUCACAGAAUUGCAUCCAAAACGUGUAAAUACAAAGGGGUUUGUAUAGCUGAGACAGUUCAAAAGAGGGUCUUUUUUUCUGUGUAAAAAUGACAUUAAUGCUACCAUUUUAGUUUUAUGAUAUUUUUUAUCUUGUAUUUUUCUAUUAAAAUAUCUAUUUUUGCUUUGGUAGGAUUAAAACUUAAGGGGGAUAAUGUUUUGAGGACAUAUUUUUUAUGAUAGGAGUAACAUGCAGGGAAAGUCAGCAACAGUAAAUGCAUUUUAGAACCAGUAUUUAGGGGAGAAGAAGUGACUUUAUGGAUAAAACAAACUUUUUAACCCUUUACUUCUCUAAGCAUGUGUGUCCUGUGUACAGUUAUUUAAACAAUAUAAAUGCAGUUACCAGAUUGCUUAUACGAUGAUAACACUGAUCCUGAAGAUAAUGAACUGUGUGUAUUAAGUAGUCCCACAUUAGUCAGUGAGGCUAACUUCACCUUUGUACGAUUGAACACACAACUAUCUUCAGGAAUCGGGAUGGUAAAACUCUACUCUAGGACUGACUUUAAUCUCACUGCCAUUAGUAUGCCUGGGAACUUUGCCAUUGACUUUACCAGGAGCAAAACUGAAUCUGUGAUGAAUUAGCUACUGACGGGUUAUUUCACGUUAGACAGAUGAGAGGUCUUUCUGGUCAAGAAACGGAAAUGAACAGCACGUAAUAUAAAUGAUGAAGAUGACCUGUAAAAGUACUGUCUGUGAGAAAACCCAGCUAUGACUAUUGUAAUGCAUGAAAUCUUCUGGCUUAUCUUAUUCUGAUUUCAUAAGCAGAACUUUUCUGGUCUCAGGAGUCAUAGUCAGACUUUACACAAUAGUUAUUCUGAAAACUGGCUCUAAAGUCUGUAUUCUACAAAAUUUUUUGUACUUUGAGAAGCCAGAGUGAAAAUUCAGAGAAACCAUUUUGAGGUGGCUGGAAGUGAAUGAAGGGCAAAAGCUGGCUUUGUUUUCUUUCUGCUGUCUUUUGUCAGUGGAGAAAUACUCCAUGGAAUAAUUCAUAUGAAUAUUUUUGCUAUUUCUUUCAUUGCACUGUCUCUUAGCAUAUGCAGUGGUCAUCACCUGCUUGCUGAUGGUCAGGAGAGCAGCAGGAUCAAUGAUGGCCAUAAACUGGGUAGAUUUUAGGAUUUUAGGCAUUUUUAGGAUUUUCUGUGAUUGCCAUUAUUCACCUGAUAGAUUUAUAUCAUCCCAUUUUUCAGUCAAGACCUUUAUGACUUCUUCAAAGGAACAGUAUCCAAAGUAACACUGAGACUAAUGGACAGUUUUCAGAAGUGUAUACUCUUUGUCUCAUGGACACCAGAGCUGAGUAUAGGCUAGAACAGCAUUCAUACUGUCAUAGAGUUGGAGUGAAAGAAGACUUCCUGAUUAGUUUCUGGAGAUUUUUAAAAAUAAUUGUGUUUAUCUAGUCAAUGGACAUGGUUUUGUUUGUUUGUU